CCUCCCCUUGAAUCUUCCAAGCCAACCAUCGACGAAGACAAAUAAGAAGGGAGGCCAUCGAUGGCCACUCCUUUCCUUUCCUCCCCUCUCCUUGUCAUGUCACCCGACUUUAUAAACUAAGCACAAGAAAUAGCUCGUAGAUAUGGAGACAGAGAUGCAACAGGUUAUCAUAUCCAAACCCCUGCAAGGCCACCGCCAGUUCGACGCCCACCGUGACCACUACCGCUACACCAGCCUCCGGGACAUCCUCCUCCUCCACCGCUACCGCCCCGCCUUCUGCUUCUUCUCCUCCUCCCACGCCUCCGCCGGCAGAAGCCGCCAUCCCCCCCGCGGCUUCGACUCCUCGGCCAUCUACAUCCGGAACCGGCUGGUGAACCACGCGGCGUCCGCGUACCUGCAGCCGGUGGCGAUCGUGGCCGACCGCAACCAGAACUGCGUCACCAGGAUUUGGUGGCGCCUUCGGCAGCGGCCGCGGGGCUGGCACGCGUGCAUGCGCGACCCCUUCGAGCAGUGCAUCGGGUUCGUGGCGCGGUCGGUUAGCCAUGCCCUCGCCUGCAUCGUCGGCCACCUCGGUCGGGUUUGCGCAUGGGGGAGGACGUCGCCGACCUGACGACGCUGCAAGUCCACGUACGCUCUCAUGCAUUAGAAUUA